CGGCAGCAUGGAGGCUGCGAAGAGUGACGGAGCAAGCCUCGCCCUGUCAAUGGUGGCGACUGAUUUGGGCGUGAAGGAGAAAGGCUCUGUACGAAGACUAGCGGGAGCAGAAGAUAAAGUGACUGAGAUGCUUGAGCGCCUCAAUCUCACAGCCGAAGAAGCAGAUGCAGUCAUUUUGGAGGAUGAAAAGGAAGAAGAUCUAGUAAGCCUGAAAUGGGCACUGAUUGGCAAGGUAUUAUGCCCAAAUGUUUUACACAUUCAGACAAUUAUGUCAGCUCUUAGGCCAGCUUGGGGUAAUCCGAAAGGAUUAGUUGCAAAACUAGUAGGAAAGAAUACAUUCAUUGUUGAAUUUGCUUCCCAAUAGACAAGGAAAGGGUUAUAGAUGGGGCUCCUUGGACAGUAGGAAAGCAUGCAGUUUUACUGAAUGAAUUUGUUCAGACAUUGAAACCAUCAGAGGUGGCUUUUGACAGAAUAAUGUUAUGGGCAAGGAUAAUGAACCCUCGGUUUGAGCUGAUGAAUAAAACUUGGGGACAGUCUCUAGGGGGCAAGCUUGGUAAGGUGGAGAAAGUCGAUGUGGAUGAACAAGGUAGAGCAUGUGGUAAUUGCUUACGGGUUAGAGUCUCAGUCGAGGUAGCACAACCUUUGAGGAGAUGGGUCACGACAUACUCACAGAAACACCAGGCAACAGAAAUAUAUGAGGUUAGAUAUGAAAGACUACCUCACUAUUGUUUCUCCUGUGGCAUCAUUGGUCACUCCUGACUAGAAUGUCCAACACCAGGAGAGAGAGAUAAGGAUGGAAAACUACCAUACAAUGCUGAUAGAUUGUGUGUCAAAGAGGAUAAAAAGAAGGGUUUUUCAGUGUCCAAAUCUGGACAAAGUUCCCAGUCAAGCGGCAGAAGCUCAUAUUAUGAAGACAAGCAUGGGGACUCACUUGCCUCUCCAAAACACAAUAUUGGAGAAAGAUGCACAGAAAGGAUGGGCUUUCCUGAAGAGGUUAACUCUCCAAUGAAAUCAAAGGAUAAUUCUUACAAACAAGAGGGUAAAUUGGAGGUUGGCACGUCGAGCAAGGAAUUGUUUCCUGCAAUGUCAAAAGAUGCAAAAGUAACCGGACACAAGAGAAAACAAGUGAAGGUGUAUAGACCAAAAAAACAGGUGUAGGCCUUGGGAGAGAACAAAAUCUGUGAAGCUCCUAACAUGGCCUUAACACUAGUGGACAAAAAGUUGCCGAUUGCAACCUCAACCCAGUGAUAGCACCUUAUGGUGAGGAUGUUCGACUGGACUCCCACAAAAAGAUGAAAAUGGAACAAGGUUCCUUCCCAAUUGGAUCGGCGGAUCAGGCGGAGGCUGCAGCAGAGCAGCCCCGCCACACGCAAUGAAUCUUUUAUGUUGAAACUGUCGCGGUUUAGGGACGGAUGCGACAGUCGGCGACCUGCGUUGGCUCGUGAACAAACACCGUCCCUCCCUCCUCUUCUUAUCCGAGACGAAGAUGAGGGACUCCAGAGCUCGGAAGUUCAUGUGGUCAUGGGAUACACAGGCUCUUUUGCGGUAAGCAGUGAUGGCUUGAGCGGAGGGCUUGUUCUCUUUUGGGACUCCUCUCUUUCAGUCUCCUUGAAAGCCUACUCCACAAAAAUUAUUGACAUCAUGAUCAAAUCAGAUGAUGGUUUAGAAUGGAGAACUACCUUUGUGUAUGGGGAGCCGAAAAGAGAACUAAGACAUAUUUUCUGGGAUAGGCUCCGGUUCUUGAAAACAACUUGGUCAGGACCAUGGAUCUGUGUUGGUGAUUUCAAUGAAACUUUAAGUACAGAUGAGCACAUGGGGAUAAGGAACAGAGAUGAUAACCAGAUGAUGUUAUUCCGGGAAUGCCUUGACGAUUGCGGCCUCAUAGAUUUGGGAUACUUUGGUCCAAAAUUUACAUGGUCUAAUAGACAAGAAGGUGGACACAAUGUCAGAGUGAGAUUGGAUAGGGCUGUCGCAAAUGGGUACUUCAUGCAGAUUUUUGACGACUGCACUGUCGAGAACAUUAUCACCACCUCUUCAGACCAUUAUGCAAUAUUGGUGAAAAUAGCAAAAAGUGAAGGCAAGGAACUCACCAUCCCAGUCCAACAGACUUUCAAGUUUGAAGCAGCGUGGAUGAGAGCUCCUGAUUAUGACCAACUGAUUGAGGACAACUAGAAGACACAUAAAGGACGCUAUCCGUCCCUUCAUAAUACUUGGUCUACUCUGAGUAAAUUAUCUAACAGCCUACAAAAGUGGAGUAGAGAGUCUUUCGGCUCUGUUAAAAAGGAGAUCAGAAAACUAGAAAAAAGACUAACCGUUAUUCGAAAGAACAAUGCUUUCAACAACAAUCCAUAUGAAGAGAGGGAAAUAGAAAAGAGAUUGUGUGAACUAUUUGAGAGAGAAGAGAUCAUGGCUAGACAACGGUCAAGACUAGAAUGGCUCAGAGAGGGCAACCGUAACACUUCAUUUUUCCAUGCCCGAGCUUCUACAAGGAGAAGGAAUAACAAAAUAAAAGGUCUUCGGAAAGUUGAUGGAUCUAUGUGUGAGGAUCCAGGGGGAAUCAGAGGAAUGGUAUAUGAUCUCUAUUCCACACUCUUUACAUCUGAACCCACUGAUACAAUGGACGAGGUGCUGGAAGCCAUACCAACAAAGGUUAGUGAGGAAAUGAAUGAAGCUCUUUGUCGAGAGUACUCAAAUGAUGAGAUCAGGUCUGCGCUGUUCCAAAUGGGACCGACCAAGGCCCCAGGACCAGAUGGUUUCCCGGCGCUUUUUUAUCAAAAACACUGGGAUCUGUUGGAAGAGGACAUAUGUGCUGCUGUAAAGGAAUUUCUUAUGGGCCGUGACAUCCCGGAAGGUUUCUGUGAUUCGAAAAGGGAAGAAGCAGGGGAGCUGAAAGGCAUUUGUAAUGGUAGGAAGGGGCCAUCCAUUUCACAUCUCUUAUUUGCUGAUGACAUCAUUUUCUUCACUAGGGGAGAUGACAGAAGUCUUAAUGCUCUUAAAUCGGCGUUACAAACCUAUUGUGAGGGCUCCGGGCAGAAGAUCAAUUUACAGAAAUCAUCCUUAUUCUUUGGCCCACACUGUGAAGAACUAGUGAAAGAGAGAAUAAAACAUUAUAUUGGGGUACAAGAUGAUACAAUGCAUGCUACUUACCUUGGUAUGCCGACCUUGGUGGGACGUUCCCCAUAGAAUAGCUUCAACUUUCUCACCGGAUGGCUUUGGAAACAUCUAAAUGGAUGGAGCGAUAGGCCUAUAUCAAGGGCAGGGAAAGAAGUCCUCUUGAAAGCUGUAGCUCAGGCGAUUCCCACUUAUGUUAUGAGCUGCUUUCAGAUCCCCAUUAUAGUGUGUGACAAAAUGAGAAAGCCCAUAUCCAACUUCUGGUGGGGAUUUGAAAAUGGAAAGAAGAAGCUUCAUUGGAGAUCAUGGGAGUGGUUGUCUGCACCAAAACAUCUUGGUGGUAUGGGCUUCUGCGAUAUGGCGAUCUUUAACCAAGCUAUGCUCGGGAAACAGUGUUGGAGACUUCUGACUGAGCCUAAUUCAUUGUGUGCUCGAGUGUUGAAGGGACGCUACUUCCCUGAUGGGGAUUUCUGGAGUGCGCAAUGCCCAAGAUCAUCUUCUUAUACAUGGCGCAGUAUCAUGCAUGGCAAGAAACUGCUACAACAAGGCCUUCU